ACAUGAUAAUAACAGUGAUUAAAAAAACACAAUAAGGUGAUUAAUUAAUAUUGACAAAUUGCUCCAAAUAAGCAAUAUAAAGGUGACAAGUUAAUUGUUGCAUUUAAACAUUAACAAGUUUGUUACCUGGUUAACUGGUGCUAAUUGUUUAAUUAUGAUUCCAACAAUUAUUUUUCUGUUAAUUGUGCAAGUUUGGACCACCAAUUGUACAGGACAACAAAGUGACAAUUUAAUUGCUAAUUGUGAUCCCACCAAGCAAACAAUUUCAUCAGAUGAAGCCUCUAAAUUACAACUAAUCAAAUCACCAUUAAUUAAUAAUGAUGAUUACAAGAAAAUUGAAUUAAUCACUGAUUUGAAUACAAUUAAAUCGGAUCUGGGUCAAGAAAUUAACUCAUUUAGUUAUGACGAUUCUAUAAGAACAAGAAAAAAGGGCAAAGGAAGCAAAAAGGGAGGGCACAAAAAGCACAGUAAAAAGCACAGCAAAAAACACAGUAAGAAACACAGUAAGAAACAUAGCAAGAAAAGUUAAUUAAUUUCGAUUAAUGAAGACAAUUAAGGAUCAUCAUUGUUAUGGAAUAUUAAAUGAAGGAUUGUAAUCAAAAUUGCAUUUCUAUUAAUUGUAACAAAUAAAAUCAUUGUGUUUAUAUUAGUUUAUUAAAGUAAUCGCAUUGUUAUUUCUCGACCAGCGAGUUGAUUUAAUUGCUGGAAACAAAUUUAUUGUGAUUUGAUCUUAAUGGCGACAAUUAAUGAUCUCGAUGAUGAAAUCUUACUCAGGAUAUUCAUCAAUUCAUCGCCUCGAAUUAAACAUGCAGUUAAUUUAUCUAAAGUUUGUAAACGUUGGCACAAAAUCAUGGAGAAGAGGUUUUCUUUGGUUAAAUAUUUGGUAUUCUAUCAUGAGGACUUAUUCAUUAGUAGAUUCUUGAGAAUGGACGAAAUUGAAUCUAAUCAUGGAGACGAUGAUCAAGAAAAUAAUAAUAUGGUGAUUAACGAUCAUUUGGAAGCCGUAAUCGAACAGGUAAUUAUUGAACAUCGAUUGGAUGAUGAGCCUGAAAUCGAGGGACCGGUUGCCAAUAAUCAGCUGAACAACGCACAGGAACAGAUCAAUCGCCAAUUUAAAGCUGAAAGGAUCGACCCAACCGGUCGGUAUUUAUGUACCAAUGUCGAAGAGGAUCAAUUCGAGGUUCAAUCAAUGUACAUUCAACUGCUUCCGAAUUUGAUGUUUGUGACAAUUAAUGCACCUUCAGACAUUGAUGAAGAACAAGCACUAAUUGACCUAAUCAACUCGAGGCCAGGGAUCAAAGGAAUCGAUUGGCAUCCAUCUGAAGACAAACGCGAGGGUCCACCCAAGGUGCCAUUGGCCAACAUUGAAUUGUUUCUAUUAAGCGCUGAAUUGACCUCGAACAUCCAAACCAGUCACUAUUUAACUGAUUCAGUCACCCAAUUGUACUGUUACGAGGACCAAUUGACAGUCUUCGAAGCUGUGACUCGUUGCCCAAAUUUACAGCGACUUCAUUGUUUCCAAUUGAAUACAGAUGAAACUGUUCCGUCGUUGCGAAAGUAUCAAGGACCAAUUCUGAGCAAUCUAGAAGUAAUCGAAAUUAGUUUCGGUUCCAAAUGGGACAUUCAAGAUUUGCGACACUUUCUACGUUUUCUGCCCAAUUUGAAGAGCAUUUAUCUUCAUCUGGACAAACCUCCCCCGAAGGCUUUUCCUCGAGCACGAAAAACAUUUGGUCAAGUGGAAAAUCUCGUCAUCGAAAUGACAAUCGAAAGUAAACUCUCCGGUAAAAUCGAGAAAUUUGAAGGAUUGAUCAGCAUGUUUCCGAAUUUGCAGAAUCUUGGAUUAAGAUAUUUUCGUAUUCAUGCUGAAGAUCAAUUGUUCCAUUGGUUACGUCGAUUGUCACAUCUUCAGUUGAUUGAUAUUCGCGAAUGGUCAAUGACACUGAUCGAUCCGAUUUAUGGUGUCGACGAACUUAAUUUACCUUUCGAAUCGACUUUAAGUCCAACAAAAAUCGAGACUUGGUAUGAAAAUCUUUUCGGUCAUAAUCUUAAUUGUUGUAUCACUAAUCUACAAGAAGAGGAACCACAAUAUUAUUACGAUGAAUUCGUAUCCGGAUUCAAUUUCAUGAAACAUAUUUUCCAUAAAGAUUUUCAGAAAUCACCUCAUUUCAUGUUACAAUAAAUUCAUUGAGAUUACGAAUUAAACUCAACCAAGAAAAUAAAUGAAUAAAAAAUUUGCAAAAUUUUAACAAACUAAUCAACAAAAUCCAUAAAGGAAUCAAUUAAUUACAGUUGAAUUAAACAAAAAGUAAAGCAAAUCAGUUAACCAGUAAACAUUAAAAAACAAUUAGUUUGGUUGAUUAGCUUUAAUCAUGAAACAAAAU